AUGGAGUUAGAUAAAUGUCUGGAGGUGUUAUACAAGGGGCAGUUACUUCCAGAAGUAACAAUUAGAGCAUUGUGUUUCAAGUUUAAAGAGCUGUUGAUUAAGGAAUCGAAUGUUAUACACAUCCAAACCCCAGUGACUGUUGUUGGGGAUAUGCAUGGUCAGUUUCAUGAUCUUUUAGAAAUGUUCAGUAUAGGUGGACGGAUCCCAGAUACAAACUAUUUAUUCUUGGGAGAUUAUGUUGACCGUGGUUUAUAUAGUAUUGAAACGAUAAUGUUGUUAAUCGUGUUGAAACUAAGAUACCCUGAUAGAAUACAUUUAUUGCGAGGAAAUCAUGAAUCAAGACAAAUCACACAAAGUUAUGGAUUUUAUACAGAAUGUUUGAAUAAAUAUGGUGGGAAUACUAGAGUAUGGACUUAUCUAACAGAUGCGUUUGAUUAUUUGGUAUUAUGUUGUAUUAUAGAUAAUGAAUUAUUCUGUGUUCAUGGUGGUUUAUCCCCAAACGUACAAACGAUUGAUCAAAUUAAGAUUAUAGAUAGAUUUAGAGAAAUACCGCAUGAUGGGGCCAUGGCUGACUUGGUAUGGUCAGAUCCUGAAGAGAAUGAACUUAUUAAUCCUGAGAAUGGGAUAGAUCCAAAUAAUCUAGAAGAAUUUUUCAAGCCUACUUCGAAUCAGUUUCAAGUGUCUCCGAGAGGAGCUGGAUAUACGUUUGGUCGAGCCGUCGUCGAGAAGUUCCUUGAGUCUAACAAGAUGUCACGUAUAUAUAGAGCUCAUCAACUAUGUAACGAUGGUUACCAAGUAUAUUUUGACGGACUCGUGACCACGGUAUGGUCUGCCCCUAAUUAUUGUUAUAGAUGUGGGAAUAAAGCUUCGAUAUUGGAACUUUACAGUACAAAUAAGUUUUAUUUUAAUGUCUUUGAAGAAGCACCUGAAAAUAAAUUGUUAAAAGAAAAUUUCAAUAACAUUUAUGAUGAUUCAGGGAGGAUGACAAGUAAAGUUAUCAAUGAUUAUUUUAUUGACGAUGGGUCAGAUGAUGAUGAUGAAUCGUUUAGAGAUGUAGAUGUCUUCUCAGAGGAGUACCAAGCCAGAUCUGCCUCCUUACGAAGUGUCCAAUAUUUCUUAUGA